GACAGCAGACUCAGGUUGGUGGAAAUAGGUUUAGAGUCUCUGAGCUGGGUAGGUCUCAGUCAUUUGUCCAGGAAGGGAUCAAGAGGCCUGGGGAGUACUGUCUUCUGAUCUGUGCCUAGAGGUCAGCUGCCCAAGCUGGGGCUUCUGGGGCAGGAGAAGACCCCCGGCCCUUGGAGGAGCUGGCCUGGGGGACUGGACUCCCCACAUCCUUGCAGAGCAUGACUGCCCUUCUGCUGCUGCUGCUGCUGGGCCUCCUUCUGGGCUGCACUGGAGCAGGCGGCUUUGUGGCCCAUGUGGAAAGUAGCUGCUUGUUGGAUGAUGAUGGGAAUCCAAAAGAUUUCACUUACUGUGUCUCCUUCAACAAGGAUCUGUUGACCUGCUGGGAUCCACAGGAGGAAAAGAUGGCCCCUUGUGAAUUUGGGACACUGCGUGUUUUGGCCUUGAACCUCGCACAGAGUCUUAAUCGUGAAAGCACUCUGCUGCAGCGCUUGCGUAGUGGACUCCAGAACUGUGCCACACACACCAACCCCUUCUGGGACAAGCUGACCCGGAGAGCACGACCACCAACUGUACAAGUAGCCCCAAUCACUCCUUUCAACACAAGGGAGUCCGUAAUGUUGGCCUGCUAUGUGUGGGGCUUCUAUCCGGCGGAUGUGACCAUCACAUGGAUGAAAAAUGGGCAACCUGUCAUUCCUCACAGCAGUUCGCAGAAGACGGCCCAACCUAAUGGGGACUGGACAUACCAAACCGUGUCUCACUUAGCCCUAACUCCCUCUUAUGGGGAUAAGUACACUUGUGUGGUGGAACACGUUGGGACAGCUGAACCCAUCUUCCAUGACUGGACACCUGGGUUGUCUCCUGUGCAGACGUUGAAGGUCUCUGUGUCUGCAGUGACUCUAGGCGUGGGUCUCAUCAUCUUCUUCUUUGGUUUGAUCUGCUGGUGGAAGGCAGGCCCCUAUAGCUAUACUCCUCUCCCUGGGUCCAAUUAUCCAGAAGGACGGCACAUUUCCUAGAGGCAACUUCUGCAAUUUCCAUUCAAGUGAGCAGGAGAUCCAAACUCCUGGAGGGUGCCAUGUUCACCCGCCAGAAUCUUCACACCCCAAGUUUUCUUGGGCCUAGAGUUUCUUGUCCACUUCUUUGAAUGUACCAGCCCCACCUCCAUGUAUGCCCAGCAGCUUGAGGGAAAUAAUUGCUGGAAUAUUCUGUAUCCAAAUAAUUACUCGAGACUGUAUUUCUUCGGUAAAUAUAAUCUGGAGAGAGAGGUUAAAGGCUCUCCUGGGAGUUCCACUCAUUGUGGAAUAAAACUCUGG